UCUGUUUCGUUCAGUGUUCAGUUCAUUGUGGCACCAUGGAGACAUGCUUGGAAGAAGGCGUGAAACUACAGAAAAAGACUAAAGAGGAGAAAAAACUUUUAAGGAAGCAAUUAAAAGCGAGCCAUACAUUACUAAAACAUGAAGGCAUUGACACAGUGUUGAUACCAACAAAGAGCCUGGUGGUAGCUAACGGUGGGCUUGGCAAUGGGGUGAGCAGAGAGCAACUGCUAGAGGUGCUAGAACAGUGUGGCUCACUCAGGGCAGUACUCAUGCCACCAAACAAGCCCUAUGCCUUUGUAACUUACCAGUCCGUAGAUGCUGCUCAGCUGGCGCACAAAACCCUCAAUGGCAGACAGCUCGAUACGGAGCACCAGCAAGUCACCCUGUACUUAAACUUUGUAGAGGAAGUAGGAAGUGUGGUUUGGCAAGGACAGGAGCUGCCCCCUGGUCUGAAGGUGGUGGAGGAGUUUCUAUCACCUGAGGAGGAAAUGAGACUGCUGGGAGCCAUUGACUGGGGUUCUCAUAGCAACACAGACACUGCUCAGAAGGCUUUGAAACAUAGGCAAGUAAAACACUAUGGCUAUGAAUUUCGGUAUGACAACAACAAUGUGGACAAAAACAAACCUUUACCUGGAGGCCUGCCCAUGUUUUGCAAUGAAGUGUUAGACAGAUGUCUGAAAGAGAAUCUCAUAAAGGUCAAACCUGACCAGCUCACAGUAAAUCAGUACCAGCCAGGACAAGGUAUUCCACCUCACAUUGACACUCAUUCUGCCUUUGAAGAUACAAUCAUCUCAUUAAGUCUUGGAGCGAAGACUGUGAUGGAUUUUAAGCACACUGAUGGGCGUUCUAUCUCAGUGGUGCUGCCUGCCAGGAGUGUCCUGGUGAUGACAGGAGAGAGUCGCUACCUGUGGAGUCAUGGAAUCACUCCCAGGAAAUUUGAUGUGGUUCCUGUCGGUGAUGCAGAGAAGGCCAGCAUCGUCAGUGGUGACUCUGGAGAUUUAACACUCCACAAACGAGGGACAAGGACUUCCUUCACAUUCCGGAAAGUGAGGAGGACUCCGUGCGACUGUGCCUUCCCCUCGGUCUGCGACAGUCAGAGCUCUCCUGGGGAUCCCAGCAGCCCCUCUGUCCCUCAGAGCGACCGCGACGCCUCCUGCCUGGAGAACGAGUUUGUACACAAGGUGUACGAGGAGAUCGCCAGCCAUUUCAGCAGCACCCGGCACUCCCCCUGGCCCAGGGUGGUAGACUUCCUCCAGUCUCUGCCCACUGGCGCCAUCCUGGCAGACGUAGGCUGUGGGAAUGGAAAGUACCUGGGGUUAAAACAGGACCUGUUUGCGGUGGGCUGUGAUCGCAGCAGGAACCUGGUGGAUAUCUGCGGAGAGAGGAGCUUCCAGGUCCUGGUGUCAGAUGCUCUUGAGGUGCCUCUUCGCAGUGGCAUUUGUGAUGCCUGUAUCUCCAUCGCCGUCAUUCACCACUUCUCCACUAAGGAGAGAAGACUAGCUGCCAUUAAAGAACUUGUGAGGCUUUUGAGGCCUGGGGGAAAGGCACUUAUUUAUGUUUGGGCAAUGGAGCAGGAAUAUAACAAGCAGAAGUCCAAAUACUUGAAGGGGAAAAAGGUGAAUCAAGAAGAGGGCUCUGCGCAAAGACCUGAGCAAACAGCGGACCACCUAGGACACAGCACCUCUUUGGCAUCAAACCACAGGCCUGCUGGGAAGGAGGUCAAAGAUUGUCCUUUGACUCGGCAAAACAUGUCAACAUUGAGCGUUCACACCAACAGAACUGCGUUCCAUUCCCAGGACCUGCUUGUCCCCUGGCAUCUGAAAAGCUCUGCUCCCAGGGACAAAAACGUGGGAAAAUCAUUAGGAUCUGCAGAUAUCUGCCCCAUCUUUCACCGCUAUUACCACGUCUUCUGUGAAGAGGAGUUGGAGAGCUUGUGUGGAGAAGUGGAGAACAUUGCAAUCCAGACCAGUUACUAUGAUCAAGGGAACUGGUGUGUAAUAUUAGAGAAGAAAAGUGAAUGAUUUUUUAAAUGUGAUAUUAAGGAAGCCAAAAAGAAAGAUUUUAGUGUGAUUUUUAUGAUGGCCGUUAUCGAGUAAUUCAAAAUGCAAUGAAGUAAUUCAAUGUAAUGUAUUUUAUUUAAUGAAAAUAAAAGUUCUGCAAAAAGA